AGAGAGCCGUACAUGUGUUGACAGAGGCGGUUUGGUUUGUUCCCAUCGUGGUGCUGCUGGUAGACUGUUGUUUGUGAGGAGAAGUAACUUUUGUCCUCAGGAGAAAGGAUUUUACCCGCCCGGGAUAAACUUCUGGUCUAAAGAGUGUCGGAGAGCGGUACCAUGUCGGCCUCAGCGGCUAAAGCGAGCAGGAAGGAGAAUUCAAACCACGACGGAGCAGAUGAGACCUCCGAAAAAGAGCAGCAGGAAGCGAUCGAACACAUCGAUGAAGUACAGAAUGAAAUCGACAGAUUAAACGAACAGGCGAGUGAAGAAAUUUUAAAAGUAGAGCAGAAGUACAACAAGUUACGCCAGCCGUUCUUUCAGAAGAGAUCAGAGCUCAUAGCCAAAAUCCCAAACUUCUGGGUCACAACAUUCGUCAACCAUCCACAAGUUUCGGCGCUUCUGGGGGAGGAGGACGAGGAAGCUCUUCAUUAUCUGUCGAAGGUUGAAGUCACAGAGUUCGAGGACAUCAAGUCUGGAUACAGAAUAGAUUUUUCCUUUGACGAGAAUCCAUACUUUGAGAACAAAGUUCUCUCCAAAGAGUUUAAUGUGAAUGAGGGCGGAGAUCCAGUUUCCAAAUCUACUGAGAUCAAAUGGAAAGCUGGAAAGGAUCUGACCAAACGAACCGGCCAGACGGCAAACAAAGCUGGGAAGAAGCGUCAGCAUGAGGAGCCGGAGAGCUUCUUCACCUGGUUCACCGACCACUCAGACGCCGGAGCCGACGAGCUCGGAGAGGUGAUCAAGGAUGACAUCUGGCCCAACCCUCUGCAGUACUACCUGGUCCCCGACAUGGAGGACGAGGAGGGUGAGGAUGAUGAAGAGGAGGACGAGGAGGGUCUGGAGGACAUCGAUGAAGGAGAGGAAGAGGAGGGUGAAGAUGAGGAUGGGGAAGAUGGAGAGGACGACGGAGAAGACGACUGAAGGCUUCAGUCGGCACCGUCCUCCUGUGAUCCGUCUGAGGGAGGAAGUGUGGUUUUAGGAGGGAGGGGUUUUGUAAAAAGUCAUUUUUUUGUUUCUAAUAUUUUUCCUCCUGUGUGUCGUCGACCCGUCUGCGUCGUCCUUCUGCGGGCCGUUCAAUGAGACCAGCUUCGGGUCUGCCCGAGGAGGGCGCCGGACUCUCCUGUCAUCGUUUCUCCACGUCUUCAGACACACAAGAUAAAAACCCAAUAACUUUGUAGCAUUCUGCACGUCAUUUCCCGUAGAUUACAGAGGCGUACGUUAGUCUGAGAUGGCGGUUCUGUUGUGUUUCCUAAAAUAAGCCGUGGUGCAGUGAGAACCUAGCAUCUUUAACCACUUUUCUAUAUAUAUAAAUGUAUAUUGUAUGGGGUGGUGGGGGGGCUUACAGAUGAAGCAGCACCAGCUCGUUCCUCUCAGUCUCUAAAUGUUUUUGCUCAGAAAGCCAGUUUAAUCUGACCUGACUCGACCCGCUUCUUUUAAAUAAAAACCCAAACUGGGAACCUGUUUCUGUUUCUCGGCCAAUUUAUAAAAAAUCUGAUUGGAUCCUGAAAUAAAUUGGAGAGUUGAAGUUCUGCUCAACAGAAGUUUCUGGAUGCAGAAUUGAAUCAGUUGGUCCAACAUGAGAAGAUGAGCUUUUCUAGAUGUUCUGGCUUUCUGACGUGACCUUUAAUAGUGAUCAGAUGUCCUUGCUAAAUAUGUCUCACCUCACUGGAAGUGACUUUUAUAAUAAACCAAUAUGGCCGAAUCAA